UGGGCAGAAGGUCAGUCACAAGAGUUGCAGUCGGAGAGAGACAGGGGCAUUAACUAGAGCCGUGCCAGCUGGGGGGCUACGCAAUUAUCUGGAUCUAUAGCCGGACACGUGUAUCUCUGGGUCACUGGGCUUACAUAUCCGCUUCACCAUGAAUGUGGCACCCUGCGCCCGCUGUGGAUUUGGGGUGUACCCUGCUGAGAAGAUCAACUGUAUAGACCAGACAUGGCACAAGGCCUGUUUCCACUGCGAGAUCUGCAAAAUGAUACUCACCGUAAAUAACUUUGUCAGUUUCCAGAAAAAGCCCUACUGCCAAGCGCACAAUCCAAAGCAGAACACUUACACCAGCGUGUAUGAAACCCCAGUGAAUAUCCACGUGAAGAAGCAGUCGGAGGCAGUCAGUGAGAUCAAAUACCGAGAGGAGGGGGAGAAAUUCAAGUCAGUGUUUCACUGUGAUAUGAAGUCCAAAGAACACCAGCAGCACAGUAAAGUGGAGAAGCUGAUCAGUCAGAAAGGGUUUGAAGAAACAGAAACGUGGUUCUCGGAUAUCAAUUCGGAGACAGUGCGGGUCGAGCAGUCCCAGAAGACAAUCAGUAAUAACACAGAGCAAUCCGAGCAGCAGACGAAGAAAGGCAGUUUCCCUGCCACAAUCACACCUGCAUAUCAGACAGCCAUAAAGGCGGGCAGUUUGGCAAGCAAUGUGGAAUACAAACGGGGCCAUGAAGAGCGCGUCUCCCAGUACACCACUGUGGUGGACACAAAAGAUAUCUUACAUGCCAAGGCAGGAGGGCAACUUGUGAGCGAUGUGAAGUACACAGAGGAGCAUGAAGGGCAGAGAGGGAAGGGGAGCUUUCCAGCCUUGAUCACCCCCGGAUACCAGAACGCUAAGAGGGCAAAUGAACUGGCAAGCAACAUUAAAUACCAUCAACGCUACGAGAAAGAGAUGAAGGGGAAAGCCAGCCAGACAGCGGUGACAGAUGCGACUUGUGCCAAACAAAAUGCAGAUCAGUUGGGCCAGGAUUACACAGAGGAAUAUGAAGAAUACAAGGGGAAAGGGAGUUUUCCUGCAAUGAUAACGCCAGCCUUUCUCAAUGCUAAAAAAGCCAACGACAUUAUCAGUGAUAUCAAAUACAAAAAGGAUCUAUCCAAGAUGAAAGGCGCCGCUCAUUAUCACUCUUUGGCCUCUGAAGACAACCUGACCCUGAAACGAGCCCAAAAUGUCAACAAGCUGGUCAGCGAGGUGGAGUACAAGAAAGACCUGGAACACAGUAAAGGCCACAGCAUUAACUACUGCGAAACGCCCCAGUUCCGAAACGUCAGUAAAGUGUCCCAAUACACGAGUGAUCUGAAAUACAAAGAGAAAUAUCAAAACCAGAUGAAGGGUCAUUAUGAAGGUGUCGGCAUGGACAGGCGAACUUUGCACGCCAUAAAGGCUGGAAGCCUUGCCAGCAAUAUCGCCUACAAAUCAGACCACAAGGAUGACAAUGUGAAUGUUGAUUAUUAUUAUCCGGCAACACUGACACCUUCUUACGAGACCACAAAGAAACUUACUCCUUUGAAAGAUGUCAACUAUCGGCAGAGUAUCGACAAGCUAAAGUACAGCUCCCUGGCCCUGACCCCACAAAUGAUUCAAGCCAAAGUCAAUGCCCAGCAGCUGAGUAAUCUGAACUAUCGAUCAAAGUAUGAGAAGUCUAAGACCCAUUACACCCUCCCUCAGGAUGUGCCGGAACUGGUUAAAGCAAAAUCCAACGCGGAGCUGUAUAGUGAGAAUAAGUACAAAGAAGGUUGGACAAAAUCCAAAGGUCAAGGGUUUGAGAUGAGCCUGGAUUCCUUGUCUAUUCUUGCUGCCAAGACUUCCCGUGACAUUGCCAGUGAUAUUAAAUACAAAGAAGAGUAUGAAAAGAGCAAAGGCAAAGCAGCAGCAAACUCCGAUUCCCACCUACUGCACUCUCUCAAGGUUGCCAAGAGGGACAGUGAGAUUGCAUACAAGAAAGGGUUUCAAGAGAGCAAAACUCAGUUCCACCUGCCGAUGGAUAUGGUCAACCUGUCUCAUGCCAAGAAAGCCCAAGCACUGGCAAGUGACCUGGAUUACAGGAAGAAGCUCCAUGAAUACACCGUCCUUCCUGAGGACAUGAAGGUCCAAUGGGCCAAGAAAGCCUAUGAUCUCCAAAGUGAGAGACAGUACAAAUCAGACCUGAACUGGAUGAAAGGGGUCGGGUGGAUGACAGAAGGAAGCCUCAAUGUGGAACAGGCCAAGAAAGCUGGGGAAUUGGCUAGUGAGAGAAAAUACCGUCAGAAAGCCGACUCGCUCAGAUUCACCAGCGUCACAGACAGCGCCGACAUCACACACGCCAAGAAAAGCCAAGAACUGCAAAGUGAUAUUCGUUACAGGUCGGGAGUGGAGGAUCUUCUCCAUCAUUACACAAUGAGCAAAGAUGAACCCGUCUUCCUCCAAGCCAGAAGCAACGCUGCCAACCUUAGCGCGCGACUGUACAAGAGCAGCUGGAACAAACAGAAGGAAAAGGGUUUUGAGCUGCGACUCGAUGCUUUGUCCAUUCUCACAGCCAAAGCCAAGAGGGAUCUCGCAAGUGAUAUAAAGUACAAGGAAAGUUAUGAGAAGACCAAGGGGAAACUGAUUGGGGCUCAGGGAGUGGAGGGGGAUUCCCAGUUGUCCCAUUCUCUCCAAAUGACCAAGAUGCAAAGUGAUCUUCAGUACAGAAAAGGAUUUGCGGAGUCAAAGACAAAAUUCCACGUAUCUAUGGACAUGUUGGACAUGGCACAUGCCACGAUGGCCCAGAGUCUGGCUACUGACCGUGGCUACAGGACAUUGCUGCAUCACUACAGCACCCUCCCUACUGACAUGAGAGUGGAAUGGGCAAAGCAGGCUUACAAUCUGCAGAGCGAUAACCAAUAUAAAUCCGACCUCAAGUGGAUGAGAGGAGUCGGUUGGAUCACGGCAGGUUCGCUGGACGUCCUACAGGCCAAGAAAGCGGCCAAACUUGCUAGUGAGAAAUGUUACCGGCAGUCGCCGUCGGCGCUCAAGUUCACCAGCAUUCAGGACACGCCGGAGCUGAUCCAAGCGAGAAUCAGUUAUAACCAGGCUGUGGAUAGCAAGUACAAAGAACACGGGGAGAGUCUGAAGCACCAUUACACUUCCACCGCUGAACUUCCAGAAAUUCUACAGGCAAAACUGAACGCCAUGAACCUCAGUGAGACCCAAUACAAGGAGUCAUGGAGCCGACUGAAAGAUGGGGGCUACAAACUCAAACUGGAUGCCAUUCCCUUCCAGGCGGCCAAGGCUUCUAAUGAGAUCAUAAGUGAUCACAAGUACAAGGAGGAGUUUGAGAAAGUGAAAGGGAAGAUGAUUGGUCUUCGCCGGCUGGAGGAUGAUAUAAAUAUGGCUCAUUCUGUUCAUGCCUCCUCGCUGCUCAGUGAUGUGCAGUACCGGAAGGGCUUUGAGAAGUCUAAGACCCAGUUCAAGCUGCCGAUGGACAUGAUACAUCUGGCUCACGCCCGGAAAGCCCAGUCAUUGGUCAGUGACCAGGAUUACAGGCACACGCUUCACCACUACACCGCCCUUUCUGAUGACGUCAGACUGCUGACGGCUAAAAAGGCCUAUGAACUCCAGAGUGAGAGACUCUACCGCUCUGACCUGAACUUCAUGAGAGGAGUGGGGUGCAUCACCCCCGGGGCCCUGGAGAUUGAAGAAAGAAAGCGAGCCACUCAGCUGACCAGUGAGCGUAAAUACCGGCAGCUGCCCCAGACAUUUAGGCACACGGCCGUGGCUGACUCUUUGGAUAUACUUCAUGCCAAGUUCAGUAAUAAGAUAACCAAUGAGCGACUGUACAAGGCUGUGGGCGAGGAUGCUCUGCACCACUUCACCGCCAUCUUGGAAUUGCCUGAGCACAUCAGAGCCAAGCUGAACGCAGCCAACCUCAGUGAUAUAAAAUACAGGGAAUCCUGGUUGAAUAUGAAGGCCCGGGGCCACACGCUGACCAUGGAAGCGAUUCCAUUCCAGUCGGCCAAGUCUUCCUCAGACAUCGCCAGUGACUAUAAAUACAAGCACGACUACGUCACAGAGAGAGGGAAGCACAUUGGAUCCAGGAGCAUUCUGGACGACCCACAGAUGCUGCACUGCCUCAAUGUGGCCAAGAUACAGAGCGACCAGUUGUACAGGAAGGAUUCCCAGCACCUGCGCUCCCAGUACCACCUGUCCAUGGACAUGAUGAAUCUGGCACAAGCCAAGAAGGCACAGGCGCUGGCCAGCGAGCAGGACUACAGGCUCAGGCUCCAUCAGUACACGGCCGACUCACAGGACAUGAGGCUGCAGAGUGCCAAGAGGGCAAAUGAACUGCAGAGCGAGAGACUCUACAAAUCGGAUUUACUGCACACGCGGGGAGUGGGAUGGGAGGCCGCAGGGUCCCCCCACAUUGAGGCAGUGAAGAAGGCCGGGGAGCUGAUAAGUGAGAGUAAGUACCGGCAGAAUCCGGGCUCCAUGGCUUUCACUUCUGUGCAGGACUCCUCUGACCUGGUUCAUGCUAAGAGCAGUUACCUGCAGUGCAAUGAGCGACUCUACAGAUCUGGGGACUCAGGAUCAUUGCACAGAUACACGCUGCCUCCUGAUCACCCCGACUUUAUCAGAGCUCGUAUCAACGCCUCUCAGAUCAGUGAUAAAGCCUAUAAAACCUCAUCGGAGCAGUCACGGGCCGUCGGAUAUGACCUGAGACUUGAUGCCAUUCCUUUCCAAACUGCCAAGGUUUCCAGGGAGAUCGCCAGUGAUUUCAAGUACAAAGAAGCGUUUAUCAGAGAGAAAGGCCGCCAGAUUGGAUUCCGCAGCAUCAGCGACGACCCCCAAUCCCAACACGUCAUGAGGGUCAGCAAACUGCAGAGUGACAAGGAGUACAAGAAGCUGUCGGAGGAGAGUCGGUCCCGAGUCAGAACCAACCUGGACCAACCAGGUUUCAUCCAAGCCAAAAAAAGCCAGGAGCAAGCCAGCGACAUCAACUACAGGCAACACUUGCACCGCUACACGUGUGACCCCCAGCAACUGGCCAUGAAGCACGCCAAGCAAGCGCACAGCCUGCAGAGCGAUAUUAAGUACAAAUCAGAUUUGAACUGGAUGAAAGGAGUUGGUUGGACUCCCCCAGGCUACUACAAAGUAGAAUUGGCUCGCCGGGCGGCAGAACAAGCAUAUGCAGAGGGCACCGAGUCAGACAGGGCGUCAGUGUCUCCUUAUUCAGCGGAUGCCGGGUACCAGUCCCCACACAGUGAAGUCAACCCAGAUGCCUCUGAGAUCCUUCAAGUAAAGAGGAAGAAAAUGCUGCCCAGAAAGAAGUAAAUAUUUUGGCUACAGAUUCGACCAGUAGUAAAUUCCUUGUUGCUGCCGUGCAGAGAGAGAAAGGAAACUGUGCAGCUUCUCUGCCUGAGACUGUUCUGGACACUCGUUUUACUGAUCACGAUCAUUGGCUUCACGGAAUCGUGUGCUUAUUAUUACCAGUGACCCUAAUGUAACUCAGGGUAUUUAUCAGAAAUAAUCCCAUUGCAUUGGUAGUUGCUUAAAUGGGUUUGGAGCUACUAAUAUAUUAGUGUUACUAGCAGGGGAUUUGGGGAAUCGUUUUUACAAUUCUCUCUAUAAUCACAUGAUGAUUUUAAUCCCAUAUAUGAACUGCCCCACAGAGUCAUUAACUUUAAUUAUAUUACAUUUAAUUGCCCCCCCCCGUGUUGUUUGAUAGCGUUUCCUUGCCAUUCAGAACCUGCUGCUUCUCUGAUCUCUAGACUCUAUGGGGGUCAUUUAUCAACACUGGGCAAAUCACUGAUUGGUUGCUAUGGGUAACUGCCCAUGGUCAAAUUUGCCCAGUGUUGAUAAAUGAGCCCCGUUGUGUUUACAUUGGAACGAGAUCGCUGCCCAGUGAGUCUGACACGGCCCUUAUGUUUGUAUGUAACAUAUAUUAUAGUUGUAGGGACUGGCAGGAUCAGUUUUUAUACAUGAGCUUUGUUCUCCUUUGUAGAAUAUGGAAUUGUUUGUAUGGAAUAAAUAUCGCUGAAUCUGA